UUAGACUCUAUCUGCAGACCGCAUCAACACGCGCAGCUAAAUGAGAACCUGGGACCGGGGUUCAGGCGCUUUGCAUUUCACGCUGCAAUUUCUUAAGUACCAGCGGUAUUGUCUUUAAUGGUUUGUCAUUGCUUCCUUGAUAUAAACUCAGGAGUGAUGAAUUGUUUGAAGUGCAUUAUCGUGAGUUUAACAUGAUCGGGGAGAUCUAUUGGAAGUUUUGUUGUGCCAUUUAAAUUGUGUUAAAUUUUAAAAUUUGUUUACGACGGAUUUUUAUAUAAAAAACACGUAAAACAAGAAAACGGAAUAAUUGAAUAGUCAAUGAAAGUCUCAACAAAUCUCUAAAAAUAAUCGCUAAAACAAUCUACACGCAUCUACAAGAUAAGAUUUGAAACAAGAUUACAGGGGCUCUUCUGUUUAAUGUACUCAUUCUACGUGACGAUGGGAAACAUUUCCAUGACAAUGUCUGCAUCUCGUUAAAAGCGGAAUACCUGCUGUAGGGAACAAAUGUUUUCCGACAGAUUCAACACUUACACAGUCAGACGUUUGCUGAAAACGCAAGAAAUUUCAAAAAUUGAAUUAUCUUGAACAGUUCUUAUUGGCAAUUGCAGCGAAAGGCCUGCAGUUAAGGUUAAACCGUAAGUUACAAAUGUCAAAAAUGCAAUGAUGCUCAACUUGAAUAUUUAUCGCAUCCUUAGACAAUUCCCAGCAAUAAAGAUGCGUUAUCACUCUGGUAUAGCGGUUUAUAUCGUAAGCUGUACUGCCUUUUUUGUGUUCAUAUGUGUUGCUGAUGUAAAUUGCACAAAAACUCGUGCUGUACCAAAUUUUAAUUUGAUGCAUGAAGAUAAAACGUAUGGAAAUAAGAUAACUCGCAAUAUUGAACUGGUGGAUGAAACCGGAACUCAAAAUAGUUCGACGUCAUCUGGAAUUUUCUCAGGGAAUAUCAAAAAACAUGCAAAAAGUGUUUCAAAAUCAUUGAAAACAAAAACCUCGCUUAAAGUAUUUAAUUUCAAGAAGAAAGUACAUCGUAGUGAUAGAAAGUCUGUGAUACAUUACAGAAAAGCAUCCAAACAUUCCAAAAUAAAGCCUUCCAGAAAUACCACAGAAGAUUCCUUUUCUCCAAUUACUGUUCAUUCUAAAUGGAACAGACACAAUACAGGACAAGACUUUGGCUCCAAGUUUUCGGAUUUUACUGAAAAGGAGACAGAGCACGAGCUAUUUUCAUCUGUCUUUAGAAGUUCUACCAGUAAACAAUUUGAAACAUUCUCGCAUUCACACGAUGGAUUAACGACCGUGUCAGAUAGUGUACCGCCAAUCGAAAGGACAACGUCAUUAGAUGUUUCAACAUUUAUUUCAUUUACGCAAUCAAGCUCCAUACUGUCACCAACAUCAUCAAUGCCAAGCAUAUAUUCAUCUGGUCAAUUUGAAUCCGCUUCUCCGAAUCAUUUAAAGCUAAAUCCUGCAUACACAUUCCCAUCAACAACCUUUCCAUUUCACCCUACCAAUUCAGUACCAUCGCUAUUGAAAACACCUUUAACACGGACGUUUGCGUCUUCGAUUUUAAAAUCGUCACAAGUACAUUUUUCUAAUACACUAUCACCAAUAGUACAAACACUUUCAACACAGACUUUGCCAUCUUCGCAUUCAUUCUCGUCUUUUAUACCAACACCAAGGUCACUGUUGCCAAAAUAUUUAUUGGAAACUCCCUUAUCAUCCGUUUCGACUUUUUCAUCGUCGCUACCUAAAAUAAAGCAAACGUCGUCAAGACCAUUCCAUAAACAUGUUUCUACUAUUCUAGAUAACAAGGUAUCGCACUUGGUUCGAGUUACAUCUAACUACAGUAUAGCAUUACGAUACAGUAAUUUGACGAGCACACGUUCAAAAGAUGACAACUCGGAAUCUAAACAACUGCUUUCUAAGCAUGCUUUAGCAAAUACAUUUAUAAACCACACGCAAACAGCACAAUUACAACCAAUGUCAGUAUUAAGCCCUAGAACUUUACAGGAUGAAAACUAUCUUAAAACACUAUCACCAAUGCUCGAUCACAGCUCACCACAAACGAACAUUUCAAAUAAAACACACAGCUUCGGCACUCUGAGCUCUCAAACUCGGCGUUCUAACGACAUGCAGGCACAUAAUUCACUUUUGUCACGAAGCAUUUCUAUCGUUACAAAGAGCUCUACGGACAUGUCUACAGUAUUUUCAGUAAAUUAUCACCAGUAUAUCGCACCGACAUCGAAACUCGCCGCUUUGUCCAAUGUACAGACUCAGUCACACUCUGAUAUGCAGACUGUGUCAUGGAAUUAUGAUUCAUUAAACAUGACUGACGGCUCAACCGGAUCACUCAAUGACAUUCAAACAACAGAUAACACGGGUUUACAUCAGGAAUUGGACACAAGCAUGCCGUUAAAUGCAGAAGAAAUGUUUACCACACUAUCAACUAAAUUAUUACAAACCUUAUAUUCCUCGUCCUCAUUAACUUCAUCUUCUGUUCGUAUAUCUCCAACAGCGCACUUGUCUCCUUUGUCAUCUUCAGUAACACAAUUUUCUUCAAAAUCUAAAGGAUCAAUAAGGAAAAAAUUGUAUUCCUUUUCAGAUCCAAAAAACAUCGUUCAUAAUCAAAUGCUGCAGUCCUCAUUUGCAGUAAAACUAAGUUCGCAUGAUGCUGAUACACCCAAAACUAGCGAUAUAGAUAAAUUGCCCAUAUUAACUACUUUACCGUUCUUGGACUCAUUGGCACCAACCUAUGACGAAACACCUCAUUCUUCAAACACAAUUAUGAACACUGAUUCGCUUUUCACUUCCGAUGGAGAUCAACACAAUUCGUUGCAAUAUAUGAAAUAUAGUCAUGAAAAAUCCCUACAACCCGAGGCAAUUUCACAAAGCCCCGUGUUUAGUGUUUUUACAUCUGAUGAAACUACACGAGAUUCUCGUUUAGGCAUAUUUCCAUCAGUUAUGCCGUCGCAUUUUAGUUAUUCUCAACCACAAAUGAUACAAGAGGAUUUACAGUCAAAAUUUAAACCACAGAAAGAUUCCCAAGCAAAUGCCAAACAUUCACUUGAUCGCAAAAUAUACCCAUCGAAUGAAACGUUGACUUCGUCCAUACAAAAUGGUUCCAUCAUUGAACCAUCAUCCACACCAACAAGCUCCAUCAGUGAACCAUCAUCCACAUCAAUAGCUAACAUCAUCGAAAAAGCAUCCACACCAACAAGCUCCAUCAAUGAACCAUCGUCCACACCAACAAACUCCAUCAUUGAACCAUCGUCCACACCAACAAGCUCCAUCAUUGAACCAUCAUCCACACUAACAAGCUCCAUCAUUGAACCAUUGUCCACUCUAACAAGCUCCAUCAUUGAACAAUCAUCCACACUAACAAGCUCAAUCAUUGAACCGUCAUACACACUAACAAGCUCCAUCAUUGAUUCAUCAUCCACAUCAACAAGCUCCAUCAUUGAACCAUCAUCCACACCAACAAGCUCCAUCAUUGAACCAUCAUCCACACUAACAAGCUCCAUCAUUAAACCAUCAUCCACACCAACAAGGUCCAUCGUUGAACCAUCAUUCACACUAACAAGCUCCAUCGUUGAACCAUCGUCCACACCAACAAGCUCCAUCACUGAACCACCAUCCACACCAACAAGCUCCAUCACUGAACCAUCAUCCACACUAACAAGCUCCAUCAUUAAACGAUCAUCUACACUAACAAGCCCAAUCACUGAACCAUCGUCCACACUAACCAGCUCCAUCAUUGAACCAUCGUCCACACCAACAAGCUUCAUCACUGAACCAUCGUCCACACCAACAAGCUCCACCAUUGAACCAUCAUCCACACUUACAAGCUCCAGCUCCAUCAUUGAACCAUCAUUCACAGCAAAAAGCUCCAUCAUUGAACCAUCGCCCACACUUACAAGCUCCAUUAUUGAAUCAUCGUCCACACUAACAAGCUCCAUAAUUGAAUCAUCGUCCACACUUACAAGCUCCAUCAUUGAACCAUCAUCUACACUUACGAGCUCCAUCAUUGAACCAUCGUCCACACUUACGAGCUCCAUCAUUGAACCAUCAUCCACACUAACAAGCUCCAUAAUUGAACCAUCGUCCACACUUACAAGCUCCAUCAUUGAACCAUCGUCCACACUUACAAGCUCCAUAAUUGAACCAUUGUCCACACUUACAAGCUCCAUCAUUGAACCAUCGUCCACACUUACAAGCUCCAUCAUUGAACCAUCAUCCACACUAACAAGCUCCAUAAUUGAACCAUUGUCCACACUUACAAGCUCCAUCAUUGAACCAUCGUCCACACUUACAAGCUCCAUCAGUGAACCAUCGUCCACACUUACAAGCUCCAGCUCCAACAUGGAACCAUCAUCCACAUUAUCAAGCUCCACAAUUAAACCACCAUCCACACUAACAAGUUCCACCAUUGAACCAUCAUACACACAAACAAGCUCCAUUGAACAAUCAUCCAUACCAACAAGCUUUAUUAUCAAACCAUCAUCCACACCAACAAGCGCCAUUAUUGAACCACCAUCCAUAUCAAUAAGCUCCACCAUUGAAUCAUCGACCACACAAACAAACUCAAUCAUUGAACCAUCGUCCAUACCAAUAAGCUCCAUCAUUGAAAAAUCGUUCACAACAACAAGCGCCAUCAUUGAAUCAUCGUCCACACCAACAAACUCCAUCAUUGAACCAUCAUCCACACCAACAAGCUCAAUCAUUAAUCCAUUAUCCAUACUAACAACCUCCAUCAUUGAACCAUCGUCCACACUAACAAGCUCAAUCAUUGAACCAUCGUCCACACCAACAAGCUCCAUCAUUGAACCAUCGUCCACACCAACAAGUUCCAUCAUUGAAUCAUCAUCUACACCAACAAGCUCCAAUAUUGAACCAUCGUCCACACUAACAAGCUCCAUCAGUGAACCAUCGUCCACACUUACAAGCUCCAUCAUUGAACCAUCGUCCACACUAACAAGCUCCAUCAUUGAACCGACGUCCACACCAACAAGCUUCAUCACUGAACCACCGUCCACACUGACAAGCUAUAUCAUUGAACCAUCGUCCACACCAACAAGCUCCAUUACUGAACCAUCGUCCACACCAACUAGCUCCAUCACUGAACCACCGUCCACACCAACAAGCGCCAUCACAGAACCACCGUUCACACCAACAAUCUCCAUCAUUGAACCAUCGACCAUACUAACAAGCUCCAUCAUUGAACCAUCAUCCACACUUACAAUUUCCACCAUUGAAUCAUCAUACACACAAACAAGCUCCAUUGAACAAUCAUCCAUACCAACAAGCUCCAUUAUUGAACCACCAUCCAUAUUAAAAAGCUCCACCAUUGAAUCAUCGUCCACACCAACAAGCACCAUCAUUGAACCAUCGUCCACACCAACAAGCUCCAUCAUUGAACCAUCUUCCAUACUUACAAGCUCCAUAAUUGAGCCAUCAUCCACACCAACAAACUCCAUCAUCGAACCAUUGUCCACACCAUCAAACGCCAUUAUCGAACCAUUGUUCACACCAAUGAACUCUAUCUUUGAAUCAUCGUCCACACCAACAAACUCCAUCAUUGAGCCAUUGUUCACAUCAUCAAACUCCAUUAUCGAACCAUUGUUCUCACCAAUGAACUCUAUCUUUGAAUCAUCGUCCACACCUACAAACUCCAUCAUUGAGCCAUUGUCCACAACAACAAACUCCAUCAUUGAUUCAUCAUCCACACCAACAAACUCCAUCAUUGAACCCUCAUCCACACUAACAAGCCCCAUCAUUGAACCAGCAUCCACACCAACAAGCUCCAUCACUGAACCAUCAUCCACACCAACAAGCUCCAUCACUGAACCAUCAUCCACACCAACAAGCUCCAUCAUUGAAAUUGAACCCUCAUCCACACUUACAAGCCACAUCAUUGAACCAGCAUCCACCCAGACAAGCUCACUAAUUGAAACAGCAUCCAUUUUAACAAGCUCCAUUAUUGAACAAAUAUCCACACAAACAACCUCCAUCAUCGAACCAUCGUACACACCAACAAAUUCCAUUAAUGAACCAUCACCCACACUAACAAGCUCCACUAUUGAACCAGUAUCCAUAUUAUCAAAAUCUGUCAAUGAACCAUCGUCUACACCAACAAGUUCCAUCACUGAACCAUCAUCCAAACCAACAAGCUCCAUAAUACACCCGUCCUCUACACCAACAAGAUCCAUCAUUGAACCAUCAUCCACACCAAAAAGCUCCAUUAUUGAACCACAUACACCAACAAAAUCAAUCUUUAAACACUUGUCCACACUAACAAGCUCCAUCACUGAACCAUCAUCCACACCGACAAGAUCCUCAAUUGAACCAUUGUCCACACUUACAAGCUCCAUCAUUGAACCAGAAUCAACAUCAGUUAGUUCUAAUAUUAGACCAGCAUCAACACCAACAAUCUCAAUCACUGAACCAUCGUCCACACUAACAAGCUUCACAAUUGAAUUAAUAUCCACACCAACAAGCUCUAUCAUUGAACCAUCAUCCACACUUACAAGCUUUAUCAUUGAACCAUCAUCCACACCAACAUGCUCCAUCAUUGAACCAUCAUCCACACCAACAAGCUCCAUCAUAGAACCAUCAUCCACACUUACAAGCUCCAUCAUUGAACCAUCAUCCACACCAACAAGCUCCAUCAUUGAACCAUCGUCCACAAUUACAAGCUCCAUCAUUGAACCACCGUCCACACCAACAAGCGCCAUCACUGAACCACUGUCCACACUAACAAGCUCCAUCAUUGAACCAUCAUCCACACCAACAAGCUCCAUCAUUGAACCAUCAUCUACACUAACAAGCUCCAUCAUUGAACCAUCAUCUACACUAACAAGCUCCAUCAUUGAACCAUCAUCUACACCAACAAGCUCCAUCAUUGAUCCAUCAUCUACACUAACAAGCUCCAUCAUUGAACCAUCAUCUACAAUAACAAGCGCCAUCAUUGAACCAUCAUCUACACCAACAAGCGCCAUCAAUGAACCAUCAUCUACACCAACAAGCGCCAUCAUUGAACCAUCAUCAACACUAACAAGCUCCAUCAUCGAUCCAUCAUCUAAACCAACAAGCUCCAUCAUUGAACCAUCAUCUACAAUAACAAGCGCCAUCAUUGAACCAUCACCUACAAUAACAAGCGCCAUCAUUGAACCAUCAUCUACACCAACAAGCGCCAUCAUUGAACCAUCAUCAACACCAACAAGCGCCAUCAUUGAACCAUCAUCUACACCAACAAGCGCCAUCAUUGAACCAUCAUCCACACUAACAAGCUCCAUCAUCGAUCCAUCAUCUAAACCAACAAGCUCCAUCAUCGACCCAUCAUCUACACCAACAAACGCCAUCAUUGAACCUUCAUCUACACCAACAAGCGCCAUCAUUGAACCAUCAUCCAUACUAAAAAGCUCCAUCAUCGACCCAUCAUCUAAACCAACAAGCGCCAUCAUUGAACCAUCGUCCAAACCAACAAAUUCCACCAUUGAACCAUCCUCAACACUAACAAGCUCCAUCAUUAUACAAUUGUCCUCACCAGCAAGCAUCGUCAUUGAACCAGCAUCCAUACCAACAAGCUCCAUCAUUGAAUCAGCAUACAUAUCAACAAGCGCCAUUGUUGAACCAUCAUCCAUAACAACAAGCUCCAACAUUGAACCUGCUUUCAUAUCAGCAAGCUCCACAACUGAAACGGUAUCAUCCACACCAACACACUCCACCAUUGUAUCAGUAACCAUUCAAACAAGCUCCUCAUUUGAACCAUUAUCCACGUCAACUAGCUCCAUUGAACCAGCAGCCUCACCAACAAAUUCCAUCAUUGAACCAUCGUCAACACUAACAAGUUCCAUCAUUAUACAAUCGUCCUCACCAACAAGCAUCGUCAUUGAACCAGCAUCCAUACUAACAACCAUUAUCAUUGAACCAUCGACGACACCAACUAGCUCCAUCGUUGAACCAUCGACCAUUACCACAAGCUCUAACAUUGAAUCAUCAUCAACACAAAUAAGCUCCAACAUUGCGCCAUCGUCCACACCAACAAAUUCCAUCUUUGAGCCAUCAUUAACAUCAACAUGUUCAAUCGAUGAGCAAUCAUCAACAACAACAAUUUCCCUCAGUAAACCAUCAUACACACAAACAAGCUCCAUUGAACCAUCAUCCAUGCCAACAAUUUCUAUUAUUGAAUCAUCAUCCACAUCAACAAGUUCUAUUAUUGAAUCAUCAUCCUCACCAACAAGUUCUAUUAUUGAAUCAUCAUCCUCAUCAACAAGUUCCAUUAUUGAAUCAUCAUCCGUAUCAACAAGUUCUAUUAUUGAAUCAUCAUCUACAUCAACAAGUUCCAUUAUUGAAUCAUCAUCCACAUCGAAAAGUUCUAUUAUUGAAUCAUCAUCCACACCAACAAGUUGUAUUAUUGAAUCAUCAUCCACAUCAACAAGUUAUAUUAUUGAAUCAUCAUCCACAUCCACAAGUUCUUUUAUUGAAUCAUUAUACACAUUCACAAAUUCUAAUAUCGAAUCAUCAUCCAUAUCAACAAGUUCUAUUAUUGAAACAUCAUCCACAUCAACAAGUUCCAUUAUUGAACCAUCAUCCAUAUCAACAAGUUCUUUUAUUAAAUCAUCACCAUUGGCAUCAACAAGUUCUAUUGUUGAACCAUCAUCCACAUCAACAAGUUCCAUCAUUGAAACAUCCUCCAUAUCAGCAAGCUUCCCCAUCGAACAAUCGUACACAUCAACAAGCUCCACUGCACCAGCAUCCGCACCAACAAGUUCCGUUUUUGAACUAUCGUCAAUAUCAGCAAGCUUCCCCAUCGAAUUAUCGUCCACAUCAACAAUUUCCAUCAUUAAACAGUCAUCCAAACCAACAAGCUUCAUAUAUGAACCAAUAUCCACAUUAAGAAGCUCCACCAUUGAACCGUCAUCCAAAUAUAGAGAAAUAACGACCUCGGCAGUGGCACCUAACGCAAAACCUUCAACAGCGACAGUCACCAGUGUCGUGUCCACAGAGUCCACCGUUGUCAAUAUUCCAACACAGGUGCCCUUGGCAACUUUACCUCCGGGGAUGACUAUUCUAACCAUAACGCUACAGGUCAGGACCAGUGUCGAUAUUCUGAGGAAAUCCUUCAUCAAUAAAGUCAGCAAAGGACUACGCAAGUACUUCCAAAGGGGUCUUGAAUCCAAUCGCGACCAACCACGUCAACGCGAGAAGAGGCAAUUGGGAUUCAAGCCAAGUAUCAAGAUCACGAGCGUUCGACGUCACAUCGAAGAAUCGACGUUGGUGGACGUUGAUUUUUACGCCAUCUAUGGCGGGGACGUUGUUACAGCAGCAGAUGCAGUGGCCGUGUUCUCCAAGGUUUCUGUAACAGAGGCUGGCGACUACAUUACCUACCCGGUGAUUUCUCCGGUAAGGGCUUUGCUACAAACGACGACAACGACGCCAGCUGGUAGCGGUGGAGUGACUCCCCCGUUGUCCCGGCCGAUGACGCUGCUGCUUGUGACGCUGCCGACGGCGGUGGCGGUAGCGGCCGUGUUGGCCGUCCUUGUUCUCUACUGCCAGGUCCGGAAGCUCGGGGACAUGUCCGCUACCUCGUACUGGCGCCGCUUCACAACUCUCGCCGCUAGAAGGCCAACUCUAGACGACGUGGACAUGAUGGUGGACGUGGAGAAGGGGGAGAUCGUCUCGAGGGGCAACACGAAGAAAGCGGAGUUCUCUCUGCAGGGCCUCCAGACAAGUGUCUGCCCGGUGUACACGGAUCAAGAGGAGGCGGAUGUUAGCGGCAUAGAAGAUAUCCAGGAUACCAAGUUAGCGAUCAUGGACACUGAGUCUUCAUUCUUGGAUUGCAAUACUGUUGAGCGGAGAGAAAAAUUGAAAGGUCUUGGAUUUCGAGUCAAAGAAACGGAGGUGUCAAGUGAUAAGUUGUUGAAAAAUAUACCGGAAUUGGUUGCUGACGCUGAGGAAAAAAGUAGACUAAGUGGUCACGGCGAAAAUGUUGAUCUUGAACUAGUUGAUGAACGCUCGUCUGAGGUGUCGGAUUUGUGUUCGGGCUUUGACGCGUAUUCUACGGCCGAAACAUCUUCAGUGACUAGUUUUAGUAAGUCGACUGAUGCUAGGAAGAAAACUGGGUUUCGAAUAACAAGCAUUGACCGACUAACCAACAGUAGCAUUUCGUCGGAUGCCGAUGUGAGUAAUCGAGCGGUGAGCGGAAGCAACGUAACAGUGAAAGGAGUGGUUCCUCAAGAUCUAUCAGGAUGUAAAGAUUGUCUAGGUGACGGGAACUUGAAAGAUAGUCAUAAAAGCAAAUUCAAAGAAAACAUCUAUAUUAAGACAUGUCUUGUUGAUGUAACAAGAAAGCCAAGAGUCAGUUUUAGUUCAGAAUGCGGAGGUAACCGUUCAGGAGGGUGUCAAUUGUCUGAUAAAUCGAGGUCUUUCACAAACUGCAACAACGGAUUCAGUGAUGGUGUUAAGUCACAGUGCUCUGGUAACAAAAGGCCUACACAUACAUCAUUGACGUUGACAAAACCCCCUCAGGUUGUGAAUAACUUCAUAGAGGGCGACAUGGAAGAUGACGUAUUUUUAUCAGACGAUAACGCAUCACUAGCAGAUGACAAUUUUGUUCUUUUAAACAAACAAGGCCCACAUUCAGUAAAUAAAGUUGUGGAAAAUUCCGCAGUUUUGAAAGAAAAAGGAACAAAUUACAAAAUAAGGGAUACAGAUAUACAAAGCACUAAGCGAGAAAAUGUGAAAGUUAGCCCUAGGCAAAAGGUCGACUGUGGCCCCGUACAGAGUGCCAGUAUUUCAGUCUUGAGCUCGAAUUUCUCGGCCCACGAGGUUGGCUUACUAUACGCAAACAAAAGUAAAGCAAGCCGGCAAGAUGGCAGCCUGUUUGCGGGUGACGAGUUCAGCGCUGUAAACUUCAGCAAGGAGGAAACAUACAGGGAACAGCUCAGUUUUAUACACGGGACCGAUCACCCGGGCACAAAUAUGGCGGAAGCCGGUGACUUCGAGUUUAUAACGAAAAUGGCUCAAUGUGAAAUCGAGGAUCCCCCGCCGAAACCGCGAUUUAAGCCUAUUCCUGAGCUCAAGACCCCACGACUGCCCACACCUCCGCCGCCCCCGCCGCCGCCCAUACCUGAUCCUCACCCGAAGCCAUUUCCGAGAGAGUUGCCGAAAGCUGGACGGAGUCAACGGGCCUUCCCAAAAGAGUAUUUCCUUGGAGAAAUGGACGAUUCCUAAAUGGUGUACUUGAGCUCAUCCGACAAUAAGUUGAUCUCGUCUAUUGUGAUAAAGAAAAUACAGAUGCACAUUUUCAAAAUCGCUUUCAUUAUUACUUUAAAAACAAUAUGCUGUGAUAUAAUUAUGUAAAAAUGAUUCAUAUGAAUGAUAACUCUUAUUAUAUAAAUUAUUAUGCAUUUAUGUAACAGUGUAGUGAUGUGAUAAAAUAAAAUAAAUAUUCAUCUUUGU